AUGCAAUAAUUUCAUAGCUUUGGAGAACUUCGCAAUUCAUAACAUAAUUAGAUUUAAUUCUAUCCAUAGCCAACAUCUCCCAGAAAUUUUAAGCCUGAUUUUUAAAGAGGAAGAGAAUAUUCUUUUUAGUUUUAGAAUCAAUAAUAGUAUUUUUCUGAACGAAGACCAGAUUCACUUUUUUCCAAAAAUUUAAAUAAUAUAAACACCAAAAAUGAAUUAUUAUCAAGCUAAAGCAUGAAAAUUGGAUAAGAAAAAUCAAGUUCGCCUAUUAGGCAGAUUUACGAAGCUCCUGCCUAUCCUAAUAACUGUACCUCUUCUUAUUCAAAUAUGUACCCCAUUACAUAUCAAACAAUGAUGAGUUAAAACCAUAGAUAUUAAGACUAUUCACCAAAUACUAAAUAAAAUACUUUAGUAGAAGCUGAUUCUCUUGAAAACACAAUAAAGAAAUAAUAAGAUAGAGACUUUUAUAAAUAUUAAUUGUAGCAGAUGAAUGCUUAAUAAAAUUAGCUUUACUAGCUUAAUUAGUCUCCAUUUUAAAGCUAGACUAUAACACCUCAAAAAAAUUCUAGUAAUAGACAAUCUAGUUAAAAUUUUUAAAAUAGGAAUUAUUAAGCUCAGUAAAAUUUUAUAAAAACUGAAGAUUAAGAUUAUUAAUAAUUGAAAUACAGUUCACCUUCUUCUUAAUUAGAUAAAACAAAUAGAGUACUAUUCACUGCAUCACCAUCUACUUUAAAUCAGGAAUAAACGAAAUAAGAUUAAACAAAACUCUAAUAAUAGUCAAGCAAGUAAUAUUAAUCAGAAAACAAAGAUAUGUAUGACUCUAUACAUAGAAAUGUGAAUGAUAUAGUUAGCAAAUAUUUUAAGCCAUUAAAUAAAGAAGAUAAAGGAAAGAGUGAAAAAUUAGAAACAUAAUCUAUGCAUUAAUUAUCUAGUAAUUAUAAGAGUAACUAUGAAAGUCAAAAUACAAGAAAUAACUCUUAGGUAUAAGAUAAGACUUGGUCUCCUCUUUUUACUUAAAAUUCUAGAGGCAAUAAUAAUUCCAAUAUUUCUAUUUAUAGCCAACCUUUUGAAAUACGAACAGUUUAAACUUAACCAGAUUCAUAACAAUACAAACUUUUUUAAGAUAAACCUUCAUUGAACCCUUCUUAUUCUAAAUAUAUAACUCCUGAAACUGAAAAGAUUCUUCAAAAAUGGAAUAACGUAGGUUUUGGAGAUGCAAAAAAUCUAAAUGAUUAGAGAAAAAUAAAUGCAAUUUAGCAAUAUGAAAUCAAUAACUAGGCCAAGAUAUAUGCACAAUAGUCUGCUUAAAGAUAAUAAUAACAGUAUUAAUAAAAUCAAUAUUUCGAAUUAGAUACCAAGCAAUCUUUCAAUCCCUAAUUUUAUUAAUAAGAAAAUAUUCAAAAUUUUAAUAAUUUUUUACCAAAACAACAAGAAAGUGUGAUGAAUUCAGCAAAAAAUGUGAUAAAUAAUUAAAAUUAUGUUUUAUUUGAAAAAGAAAAUGAAAAUCACUCAUAAAGUUAAUUGAAUUAAGCUUUUAUACAAAGCAAUCAAUAAACGUUGUAAAAUAUAUAGCAGCUAAAUACAAUAAAUAAUAUAUCAAAUAUAGACUAACAAACCAGGUUUGAUAUUAGCAUAUAAGAAUAAAAUAGAAUUUUACAGUAAGCUAAAAUGAAUUCCCUAGAGGAGUUUGAUUCAUUCGAAAAGGACAAAGAUGAAUAUAUAGAUGGUUAAAACAAUAUAAUUUACGACUCGAAUGAGAUGUUUGAUUAGAAAAAUAAAGGAAUUUAAAACAGAAAGAAAGCAAAUAAUAAUUUCUAAGAAAGUGAAAUCUUCCAAAGCUUAUAAAGUACUUAAUCGGAUAGGAUUUUAACACCUAGCUGCUUAAAUAUACCCUAUUAAGAUAUAAAUAAUAGAAAAAUUCAAUAGCAAUAAUAAGCAGAAUCUCAUUAAGAUCUUACACUCAAGUCAUUAUUAAAUAUCCCUAAAUCCCUUUAAAAAAUAAGUUAAACCACAGAAGGAGAUAAGAAAAAGUAAAAGACAAAAUCUCUUUUAGCUUUUUAGGUGGUUAGCUGCAUUUUAAUAUUAAUACUAUUAUAUGUUUUGUUAAUAAAGUGA